CUUUCCCAGAGUUGCACCGAGAAAGAAGCUUGAAACCCGUCGCUGUCGAGCCUUGAACUGAACCCGCCCCGUAUCGAAAUUCUGGGUCGUACAGACAGACUGACAGACUGCAUCCACCGCUCACUGCCCACUGCAUCCACUGCCCACUGCCCACUGCAUGCUGCAUGCAACCCGCCGAGCACGAGCCAGGGAAUUCCUAGACAGACACCCAGGCCAGGAUCGUCAUACCUACCCGGGAGGUACUCCAAGCAGCUUCGCCCAGCCAGCGAGUGACAGCUGUGACACGGACCAAGCAAGCUAGCCCGCACCACGUACCACGUACCACGCACCACGCACCACGCCUGCACGCACCAUGUAUCGAGCUCGAGCUUCCCGUGUAGCUCCCCUGCCAACCCUGUCGUCCAUGACCUCGUCCUUGACCACCACCACCACCACCACCACCACCACCGCACCUCCGAUCUUUACAGCGCGCCUUCCCCACCUGGCUCUUGGACAGCAGAGAUAUAAAUCUGUCCAAGUCCUCCGGCCUCAUCUGCUGCCCUCGACCUCUCCUCUCAUCAUCCACAACAACAACCACCACAAUCCUAAGAAUACCAAGCCCUUCCUAAACCUGAGGAACCACUCAGCAGCUUGUACAGACAACAACCACCACCACCACCACAGAGGUUCUGAUAUCACCGCCACCUUGGCCACUCACGACAUCUACACUUCACCACACACCAACAAUAUGGGUUUCGAAAUUCCAACUGAGCAGUGGGCGCAGGUCUGCAAGCAGGUCGGUGGACCUCUUGAGUACAAGAAGAUCCCCGUUGCCAAGCCCGGUCCCGAUGAGGUCCUGGUCAACGUCAAGUUCUCGGGUGUGUGCCACACCGACCUGCACGCCAUGAAGGGCGACUGGCCCCUGCCCGUCAAGAUGCCCCUCGUCGGCGGCCACGAGGGUGCUGGUAUCGUCGUCGCCAAGGGCGAGCUGGUCAAGGACCUGAAGGAGGGUGACGAGGUCGGCAUCAAGUGGCUCAACGGCUCCUGCCUGUCCUGCUCCUACUGCAUGACCGCCGACGAGCCCCUCUGCGCCGAGGCCUCGCUCUCCGGCUACACCGUCGACGGCUCUUUCCAGCAGUACGCCGUCGCCAAGGCCGCCCACGUCGCCCGUAUCCCCAAGGGCGUGAGCCUCGAGGCCGUCGCCCCCGUCCUGUGCGCCGGUAUCACCGUCUACAAGGGAAUCAAGGAGUCUGGCGUCCGCGCCGGCCAGUGGAUCGCCAUCGCCGGUGCCGGUGGUGGCCUGGGCAACAUGGCCCUCCAGUACUGCAAGGCCAUGGGCAUCCACACCAUCGCCAUCGACGGUGGCGACGAGAAGCGCCAGGCCACCAAGGAGCUGGGCGCCUCCGCCUACGUCGACUUCUUCACCUCCAAGGACCUCGUCGCAGAUGUCAAGGCCGCCACCCCCGACGGCCUGGGCCCCCACGCCUCCAUCCUGCUCGCCGUCUCCGAGAAGCCCUUCCAGCAGGCUGCCGACUACGUCCGCCCCCGCGGCUCCGUCAUCUGCAUUGGCCUCCCCGCCGGCGCCCGUAUCUCCGCCCCCGUCUUCGAGAGCGUCGUCCGCAUGAUCUCCAUCAAGGGCUCAUACGUCGGCAACCGACAGGACACCCAGGAGGCCCUCGACUUCUUCGCCCGCGGCCUCGUCAACGCCCCCUUCAAGACUGUCGGCCUCUCUGAGCUGCAGAGCAUAUUCGACAAGAUGGCCGACGGCACCAUUGUCGGUCGCUACGUCGUCGAUACUAGCCGAUAAACAACUGGCCUCUGGCAGGCAGGGUUGCAAAAAGGAGGGCUGGAGUUUUUUGUGAAUUGAAUCGGGAGUUGGGUUUAACUUUCUGGGAAGGGUGGUCUUGAUUUGAGAGUUUUCCAAGUGUACAUAAAUACCAAACAAGAAAAGGGCGGAUACCAUUGUUGUGUUGCCGGUGGGUGGGAUAUGAGAUCUGAGAGUUAGUUGUAUACAUAAUGAUUGGAAAUGAGAAACAAACUACUGAAAUA